AUGGUCGUGAGUCAUGAGAUUCCCACUGUUUUCGGUGGUGAUGGCAAAGGAGAAUCUUCUUUCAAGUGGGUGGUACAAUUGUACAAACCUUACACUUCAGUAAGGGAAGGAGUGGAUACAGCUGUGGUGGUGGAGGAGGAGGAGCCUAAAUUGAGAAAAUUUCAGGUGUUUGAAGGCCAUCCUGCACCAUUUGGGGCUACAGUUCGUGAUGGUGGUGUCAAUUUUGCAAUAUUUUCUGCGAAUGCAGUUUCUGCUACUCUUUGCUUGAUUUCUCUUUCUGAUUUGCUUGAGAAUAGGGUGACUGAGCAAAUUUUUCUUAAUCCGUUGACCAACAAGACUGGGGAUGUUUGGCAUGUGCUUUUGAAAGGAGAUUUUAAAGACGUGCUUUAUGGGUACAAGUUUGAUGGGAACUUUUCUCCUGAAGAAGGACUUUACUACGGUCCUUCUCAGAUCGUAUUGGACCCUUAUGCAAAAGCAGUUAUAAGCAGAGGGGAGUUUGGCGUUUUGGGGCCUGAUGAUAAUCGCUGGCCUCAAAUGGCUUGCAUGAUACCUACUACAGACGAUAAGUUCGAUUGGGAGGGAGAUUCACCAUUGAAGUAUCCACAGAGAGAUCUAAUAAUAUAUGAAAUGCAUGUUCGAGGGUUUACACAGCAUGAAUCAAGUAGGACCGAAUUCCCUGGUACAUACCUUGGUGUUGUGGAGAGGCUCGAUCAUUUGAAGGAACUUGGUGUCAACUGCAUAGAGUUAAUGCCAUGCCAUGAAUUCAAUGAGCUUGAGUACUACAGUUACAAUUCUGUUUUGGGUGACUACAAAUACUCAUCUGCUGGCACACGGAACUGUGGCCGUGAUGCAAUUAAUGAGUUCAAACUUCUUGUUAAAGAAGCACAUAAACGAGGAAUUGAGGUGUUCAUGGAUGUUGUUUUCAAUCACACAGCGGAAGGAAAUGAGAAAGGCCCCAUUCUAUCUUUCAGAGGAGUUGAUAACAGUGUCUAUUACAUGCUUGCUCCUAAGCCUGGGAGCAUGGAUAAGGAAUUUCCUAAAAUCCAAAGCUUUAUACUUAUAUCAGUUGAUAAUGCUGUGGAUUUAGUUAAUGCAUUUAAAUGCUGGUUGUUAACAACGUGUCUCACUAAUUCAUUUUUGUCUCGCAGAUAUUGGGUGACAGAGAUGCAUGUAGAUGGCUUCCGCUUUGACCUUGCUUCUAUUAUGACUAGAAGUAGUAGUCUCUGGGAUGCAGUUAAUGUAUAUGGGAGUCCCAUAGAUGGUGACUGGCUGACAACUGGCACUCCUCUCAGCAGCCCUCCAUUAAUUGACAUGAUGAGUAAUGAUCCAAUACUCUGUGACGUUAAGCUUAUAGCUGAAGCAUGGGAUACAGGAGGAUUGUAUCAAGUUGGCAAGUUUCCCCAUUGGCGUAUUUGGUCAGAAUGGAAUGGGAAGUAUCGAGACAUUGUGCGGCAGUUCAUUAAGGGUACGGAUGGUUUUUCUGGGGCUUUUGCUAAAUGCCUCUGUGGGAGCCCGAACUUAUACCAGGAAGGAGGAAGGAAACCAUGGAACAGCAUCAACUUUGUAUGUGCGCAUGAUGGUUUUACUUUGGCUGAUUUAGUGACAUAUAACGAGAAGCAUAACUUGGCAAAUGGCGAAGACAACAAUGAUGGAGAAAAUCAUAACAACAGCUGGAACUGUGGGCAGGAGGGUGAAUCUACCAGCAUUUCAGUGAAGAAAUUGCGAAAACGACAAAUGCGAAAUUUCUUCUUGUGUCUCAUGGUUUCACAAGGUGUUCCAAUGAUAUACACGGGUGAUGAAUAUGGUCACACAAAAGGGGGAAACAACAAUACAUAUUGCCAUGAUAACUCUAUCAACUACUUCCGGUGGGAUAAGAAGGAAGAAUCCUCAUCAGACUUCUUUAGAUUUUGCCGGCUCAUGACCAAGUUCCGCCAUGAAUGUGAGUCCCUUGGCUUGAAUGACUUCCCAACAGCAGAGAGGCUGCAAUGGCAUGGUCAUGAUCCUGGAACACCAGAUUGGUCGGUAAAAAGCCGUUUUGUGGCCUUUACACUGACUGACUCGGUGAAGGGCGAGAUCUACAUCGCCUUCAGUACUAGCCAUUUGCCAGUUACCGUCACACUGCCAGAGCGGCCGGGAUACAGAUGGGAGCCCCUGGUAGACACUGGCAAGCCUGCACCGUUUGAUUUCCUCUCUAGUGACAUCCCUGAAAGAGACAUGGCAAUUAAGCAGUAUUCUCACUUCCUAGAGGCCAAUUUGUACCCUAUGCUCAGUUAUUCUGCCAUCAUCCUCUUGCUCUCUCCCGACGGCAAUGCUUAG